UGAUGUCAACGUUGUUUAUGAAGUCUAAUAGCACUAUCUUAUUUAAUCUCACGAUAUUUUUUAUUAUGGUUGAAUUAUGAGUAAUAAUUCAUGAAUAAUCUUAAACACUGUCCAACACUAAUGUGCAUCUGAGAAUGGAGUGGUGUAAACAUUAUUUAAAAUGUAUAUUUUAUUAUAUUUUGUUGCAUCAAGUAACAGGUGAAUCGAUGAUACAACAAUUACAUGUAAUUUUUAGGCACGGUGAAAGAGCACCGACAGAUACGUUUCCUAGCGAUCCCUACAUUAACUACUCUUGGCCAGGAGGAUGGGGACAAUUAACAAAUAAUGGCAAACUACAAAUGUAUGAUUUGGGCAAAUUGAUAAGAACAGAAUAUAAAAAUUUCAUCCCGGAUCUUUUCUGGCAUAAAGAUGUAAAUAUUACCAGCAGUUAUUCGGAGAGAUGUCGAAUGAGUGGUCAGUUGUUUAUGUCGGGACUGUAUCCUCCUGUUAGUAGUCAAAUUUGGAAUCAAGAGUUUUUAUGGCAACCAGUGGCAGUAAGAUAUCUGCCAAGAUCGGAAGAUACUAACAUCGUUAUGAAAGUUGCUUGUGCAAAAUAUGAUGCAAUGUUCAAAGAACUAAGACAGUCGCCAGCCAUACUAGCACUAGAGAGUAAACACGAAGAAUUGAAGAAAUAUCUUACUAAACAUACUGGAAGCAACGUUACAAACAUGGAAAAUGUUGAAUCUAUUUACAACACUUUGGAAAUUGAAAGACUCCAUAACUUUACACGGCCAAGCUGGGUGAAUGACACAAUGUUAGCAACCAUGGGAGAAUUGGCCGCAAGAAAUUUAGCUUUCUAUUCCGAAGUACCUUAUAUGAAGAAAGUAAAAGGAGGGAUGUUUCUAAAUAACAUGAUUAAAACCAUGGAGAAUAGCUUAAAUAAAACAGACGUCACGAAAUUGUAUUUAUAUGCAGCUCAUGACUUAACGAUAGUUCAUAUUUUAAGAAGUCUUAACUUAAUAGAGACUUUGAAACCUGGUUUUGGAGCUACCCUUAUAUUUGAACUUUAUGCAAAUUCAGGUAUUAAAGUAAGUAGAUAACGUAUAGAAACUUCUGGAAGGAUACACCGAAAGAGUAUCAUAUAUCUCAAUGCGAGCUUUCAUGCCCAUUACAAAAGUUCAAAUCGCUGUUAAGUGAUAUGUUGCCCACCGACUAUACCAAAGAAUGUGUGCUGGAACAAGCAAGUUAAAUGUAAUAAAAUAUAGUUCGUAUAUAUCUAUGUUAUUUUCAAUAUUAAAGAUUUUAUUCUUAA